UAACAGCUGACUUUAUUAAAGUACAUUGUAGCUACUAGCGACUAAUAAAAGCUAGAAUUUAUCACCAAUUUAGAAACCAUUAAAUGAAUAUAUAAAGUUAUGGAUGAUUUCAGUGAAGAUUCCAAAAAGGAGCACUUGCGCCUCGCCGGUAUUAUCAAGGACUGUCAUGACAACUUGAGGACUCAAUCCAAAUUGAAGGGUAUGAAUGAAGCAUGGAAUGAACAUUUGCAAAACACUACACUACUAGCAGAGUAUUCGACUGCCAUGCAUCGUUUAGCCUCAAUUUGGGAAACAAAUACAACAAAUCCCAAUUUAUAUGCGCGUAGUCGAGUAAAAUGGACAAUUGAUUAUUGUAAAAAAUACUUUUUCACUAAUAAGUAUUUUUUGGAAAAACGUGAAAGAGAACAUCGCUUAUGGGAAUCCUACGUAAAUAUGCCGCCCUUCGUCGACACUAGCAGCCUGAGAACAUCCUUUCCAAAUGUUAUUAACGUGCUCGAUGUUGGCAGUUGUUUCAAUCCGUUUGCUGGGGAAAAAAAUUUAAAUGUCACGGCGAUCGACCUGUUUCCAGCUACAAAGGAUGUUUUAAAAGCAGAUUUCUUACAAGUCAUCACAGAAAACAUUGAUAAAAUUGUUGUAGAAAAUGGUGAAGUAAAUCGUCUGCCUUGCGAAUAUUUUGAAUGUGUUAUAUUCAGUCUAUUAUUGGAGUACAUACCAUCGCCAGAAGAACGAUUGCAUUGCUGCCAAAAAGCGUAUGACUUAUUACGUACAGAGGGCAUACUAAUUAUUAUAACGCCUGACUCUCAGCAUGUUGGCAAAAAUGCGAAACUAAUGAAAAAUUGGCGCUAUACUUUGGGAACUUUGGGAUUUUUUCGAAUUUAUUUUGAAAAAUUACCGCAUAUAACAUGCAUGGUAUUUCGAAAAACGAUCGUUCCAGCAGUAGCUCAACAAUGGGCUGCUCUGCAUCGUGAAGAUUACAUGACAAAUACAAUAAAUAUACCGCAAGAUAAGUGAAAUGAAUGAAUGGACCUGAAUUAAAGUUUUUUUUUUA